AUGGCCUCGAAAACUAGUAUGAAAGAAGACAAAAACACGGAGAAAAAUGAAGUUUUAUUGCACGAAGGAGAUGGUUUCAUGAGCACAGAGCAACUGACGAAAUGUAAAAAUGCCGUUUGUAUGAUUCGCUAUGAAACAAGAUGCUCAAACUCGGGAAAACGUUUACUAAAGUAAGUAUUUAAUAGAAUGCUGUUUUUAGGGUUUGUAUUAUAAAUCCAAGUGAGUAUAUAUAUACACUUUAAGACCUGACCAGGAACGACUGUGAAAAAUGCAGCACAAGGUCCUCUGGUAGGAAUUACUAUUAUAAAAUGGUACUCGCACUACUAUAAAAUAUUGAACAGUUAUUAAAAGGGUCAAGAUUAUAAACUCUUAAAGGGGUUUUCAAAGAGUAUAACAAAGGAAAAUCUGCCAUGCAGUAUACCUAAUAUCGCUUAUGUAAUCAGGUUAUGGAUUUAUUUUAUAGACGUGGCUCAGGCUUCUAUGCCAAGGCGAAAAUCUUUGGUGUUGAAUAUUGCUGCAUAGUGACAAACAAUCAUGUUAUCAGCUGUACAGAAGAUGCCUUGAUUGCAAUUGCUAUUUUUCACUAUGAGAGAGAGAACCAAGGAAUAACAGUUCAGCUUAGACCAAACAAACUAUUCCAUACAAAUAAGGUAAAUUUUGUGAAGUGAUAUGAUGUUCUACGAUAUUUGCAGCUAUUGGUGAACAGGUCGGGGAAGAUUAAGCCAUUUCUAUUAAACACAUACUCAAUUGGUUAAGGUGUUGUCUAUUCUCCCAUGGAAUACAACCAGCCAAUGACUGUUAACCAGCCCCACCGGUGAUUGGCUUAGCUCAAAUUUUAAAUUGCAAAGUUAACACUUCUUACUAGGGGUGCACCGGAACUUGGUUCCGGCCGGAACCCUGAUUUUUAAAAGUUCCAGUUCCGGCCGGAACCAGAACUCUAUUAUUUUCAGAGAGAUAGAAUAUCAAACGUUUUAUUGUCUAACAAAAGUUCACAGUGGAAAGAAAUUUGGACUACACAAGGAAAAUAUACACUAGUAACACUUCAUUAUGACGUUUAACGUUUGUCAAUCUUUUUAUUCUAACAUUUGCAAGCUCCAACUCCUUGAUGACAUGAAGUGUCUGCCUGUCUGGCAGCAGACAAAGUAACAUAUGACUAUAUAUGGCUUAAUAAAUCAGUUCGAGCACUUUUUUCCAGUUCCGGCCGGAAUUUAAAAAAUUGGUUCCAAUGCAACCCUACUUCUUACAAACAUGCAAGUUUGACAUGACAAUUCAAUACUAUUCUUGGAAUAGGAAUUGUUUUUAUCUUCAAAUAAUAGCAAUUGAUGUACAUUUCAAUCGGAUUGUUCCAGAAAAUAUCCACCCUGCCCCCAAGGAGGAAAUUUCUACCGUCUGAAGGGGGGAGGGGAGAAAAAUUUGUUAUUGAUAAUAGUAAGUAUGUUGGGACAUCUGAAGGGGGUAGGAGGGGGGUUAGCUUCCAAGGUAUGAUUUCCAGAAUGACCCAUUAACAAAUUAUUAUUUUAUAGGAAUUGGACUAUUCAGUUAUUGGAGUGGAUGAACACCAACUUAGUGGAGCAAACCCUCAAAUAUUUCCGAUUGAGUACUCAGAGCAACCACAGGCAUCAGUUGGUGAUGAUAUAUUCAUCUUCCAGCAUCCAAUGGGAAUGCCAAAACAAUUUAGCUAUGAGAAAAUUAUCCAUAUUCAACACCCAUUUGUAUAUUACAUUGCGGAUACAAGCGAAGGUUCCUCAGGUUCUCCUGUGCUGUGGAAACUACAACUAAUGGCCAUCCAUAAAGUUGGUAGUGAGAAAGAUGGGUAUAACAAAGGAACAUUAUUUAGUGAAAUUAUCAAUGAUUUACAUAUUGGAUGUCAUUUCAAUAAUCCUAAUGGUAAGUACAAGUAUAGCCUGCAUGUGUACAGAUUGUAUUGAAAAUACAGUUUGUGGCAUUAGACUCACAGCAGCACUACCCAUAUCAUGAUUUAAUUAACUUAAUACAGUAGUUUCUGAUUGGCUUGAUAUAAAUAUUAAACCCGUUGGCAUUGUUCAAAAUUGAAAUAAUUUUUUUUAAUAACAUUCAUUGUUCAUUGUAAAUUACUUCAAGCUACUAAAUUUUUUAUGCAAAAAUGUUUUGGAUGUAUUAUUGCACACCCAUUGAGUGGAAAAAUAGUAAAAGAAAAUAAAGUAGGGAACAUCUGUGUGCAUUGCCACUUAAAGGGUGCAUGGGCAGAUAAUCUGAUUAAUUAGCCCAUUGAGUGGCAACACUCGGGCAGAUUGCCACCUUCAAUUCACAUCGGGAGUACAAUACAAUACAAAAUUUACUAAUACUAUUUUAAAAACAUUGGAAGGAAAAAUGGAAGGAAAUUUAGGAUUUGGGGAAGGAAAUUCUGAGAAAAAAAGGACAAAAACGAGAAAUUUUACUUUGCCAAAGUGGAAGCACUGUUAAUUAAUUGAGUGUUUCUGAUUUCAAAAUUCAGUGAUUUCUCUCGUGUUUCUUGAGUUUUGGGUUUGACUUCUGAGUCGAGUGUACGAGAUUUCAGCCGUGUCGGACCUACUGAUUAUAGCUCAGUGGCCGGACCCCUCGUGGAAUAUAAAAAAGGACAAGUUAAAGGUUUGACAGUUUGACUUUUUAACAAACAACUUUAUAGGUUGGGUUGGCAAAUCUUCUUAUAUCAGUUAUAUUAUAUAAGAUGAUCUUUUUUUGGGGGGGGGGGCAAAAAUGUUCUUAUAUUUUCUUAUAUUAUUUCAUUAGUUAUUCUACUUUGAAGUUGUAAAUUUUAACUAUUUGACAUUCAUCCUAAAAAUAAGAUAUACAGAUAAUAGUCGUGUAAAUACAGCAGUGAUAACUAUUUUUAUAACUUUGAAAGCCAAAUCUAAAAUUCAAGUUGAAUGUCAUUUUAGAAUUUUGGAUGAUGUCAUAAUAUGACAUCAUCAAAGUUUUUGAAAAUGUUCUUAUAUUGCAAAAAAUGUUCUUAUAUUAAUUAAUUAAUAAUAAUAUAAUAAUGAAUUUGUCACUAUGUACAUGUUACAAGCUAAUUAAAUACAAAUUAUAAAGACAAAUUAGAAAAUUUGUGACAGGGGAAAGGAACAGGACUCUUGUCCCAAUUGACAUCUAACCCCUAUAUAAAGACGUUAAAUAUAAAUACAGAUAAUUAACAGGUAAUAACACAUUAGUUAUAACAACUUACUCAGAUUUGAAUCGUGACUAAAAAGGUACUGAACGUUUACACACUGCGACUUACCCACUCAGUGCAGAUUACAAUAAUUCAAAAUCAAUUUGGAAAUCACGAGUCAAUUUAUAUAAUAUAUUUGUAAAUAUGAUGAAAAUGGCCGGAUGAUGGUUCGACAAAUUGCAAUCAUUAUGUGUAGACGCUGAUGCAGAGCCUGGUGCUACGUAAUGUGAUAACUUAGUAGAAUACAACUUAUGAAGAUGAGACUUGAAAAUACUUAAAGAAUUGGAGGAUUUGAUAUGAGAUGGUAGAGUGUUCCAUAGUUCAACUGAUCUAAUGAAAAAAGAAUUUCUAAAAUAGUCCUGCUCAGGGGUCGAAAUUCCCACUAUUCCGAAUAUACUAAAAUGCAUGACAGAAUAGUAAACUUCAUGAUCACAGUACCGGUAUUCUGUUUGUAUAGUAGAAAAAAUUGUGGUACCAAAUAUCGACAAGCAAGGGUUUUCCUGAUCUUAUAAAAAAUCACUUUAUACCGGACUUUGAGCCACUGUUCCACUUCGUAGCUAAGUUCUUGUUCGCCUGCAGUACUUGCAUAUUCUAAUUUCUUUGCAAGCACUAUUAUUGUCGAUUUCAAGUCACUUUUUAACGGCAUGUAGUAAAACACUGACUACCGGAACACCACCGGAACACCAGAACACCACCAUUUUGUUUGGGGUUAGGGUUAGGAUUAGGGUUUGGGGUUAGGAUUAGGGUUAGGGUUGGGGGUUAGGGUUGGGGGUUAGGGUUGGGGUUAGGGUUCCGGUGGUGUUCCGGUGGUGUUCCGGUGUUCCGGUAGUCAGUGUUUUACUACAUGCCCUUUUUAACGACAACAUGUAGUUCCCAAGUUCGUUGUGAACUUGCCAAUUACAUUUCCAAGUUCGGAAAUUGGGCGCGAACUUCGCAAAAAACUUCGCAUGUUCAUUUCAGUGUUUGAACUUUGUUUUUUAUUAAUAAUUUGUUCAUCACUGUACAGAGUAAUGCACUGUACACUGUACAGAGUAAUGCACUGUACAUGUUUGUUUUUUGUUAUUCGAUUAUUCAGUCCACUUUAGGAGUCUCAAGGAUGAUUUCAUGAAAAUCAGAAACAGUACAAAGUGGAUUAUAGUGGAUCUUCAGAUGGAAUAGUAAAUAUAAAAAUCUACUAUUCCGGCUGUAUAGUACAAAAAAAUUUAAAUUUCGACCCCAGCUGCUUGUGUUUAAUUAAUUAUAAGGUUAUAGUUGUUUUCAUCAUAAUUUCUUGAUUGGUAUCCAGGUUCAAAAAUACAUAUAAUUGUUCACAUCCAUAGUAAUUGCUCCAGUUAAAAAGUAGGCAUAAGUCUGAGAUAUCUCUUCUGAACUCAAGAGAUAUAUUAGAAAUAAGAAAAUUUUAUUUUUGAAAACUCUGAUGGACUCACAUCCGUUGUGCACUGUUCAUUUGUAUAAUUAUAGAUUUGCACCUAUUAAUUUGCACCAAAUUACUUUCCAUUGUAUCAUAUAUUACUAUAAAAAUGUAUUUUUUCGAUUGUAUUCAGCGAGGUGGUGUUGCGUGCAGUGAAGUGAAACGUGGUACGGUUUGAUUUGUUUUUGGAACAAGAUCCAACUCCCCCCCCCCCCACACACUUUUUUAAAUUCUCAUUGUUUAUUAGACUUUUUUUUCUGUGUUGGUGUUGUGUACUCAGGUGAAUAUGAUGUUUGUGAUGUUACUCUGAGUGUAUAUCCACACCGGACGAGCUUGAAAAAUAUGCCUGCCAUGGUGGGAAUCGAACCUACGACCUUUGGAAUACUAGCCCAAUGCUCUGCCAAACUCAAGCUCGUCCCGUGUGGAUAUACACUCAGAGUAACAUCACAAACAUCAUGUUUAUUAGACGUUUACUGAUUGGGGUUAGAGAAGGGGUUGGGAUCAGUUUACAGUAUCUUAUAAAUGGAAGCAAAUUGGCAUAUUUUUUAGAAGAAUCAUCUAUGUCUAUGAACUUUUUAGCACCUGAAACGAGCCAUAUAAUGCCAAUCAGAAUCUACUGAGUGUCUGAGUUUAAGUCAGAAUCAACUACCCAGAUCACAAAUUUUCACAGACUGUAUUACAGCAUAAUACAGUCUGUAUACAAGCUAGUACAAGUUACAAGUAGGGCUGCCAAGAGGUUGCAUGGGACAUGGGUAUACAGUGUAUUAGUUAGACAUAGCAUGGCUUUUGACCUGUAAUUGGGUCAGAGUAUAUCCUAUAGUUAUUUGUCAUAUUUUUGCAGGUAUCAGUUCAAAACGAGGUUUUAAUUGUGUAGCAAGAAAUAGUCCCAGAGAGAUGGAGGGUGUGUAUUAAUAAUAUUAUUAUUAAACAAAGGCUCAAUUUUGUUAUUAAUGCUAAUUUCUUGAUUGUCCUAUGUAUGCCUUUGUUUGCAACUGAGAAUGAAUUAUAGUUACAAAAAAGACAUUGUUAUCAAACUUCAUUCAUGGAAAAUAGUACAUCCUUCGAAAUUAAUAGGGAAUUAAUUCUUCUUUGUGAAAAUGAUGCUUUGUGCUGUCAGUAUACUGCACCGCUUUAUAUUAUAACCGAGCAUAUCUAUACUUCUUAUUUAAUCUCAUUCUACUAUCCACCCCGAUUAGCUUUGCUAUUAGCGGAUAGUAUUGUAUAUACAGACUGUUUAUGUAUUUAUUAAUAAAAUUUGAUUUGAAUUUUGUCAGUUUAACCCAUUAUAGUUGCAAGGCUCUCCCCUUGAUGAGUAAAAUUAUAAAGUUGAGUGCAUAUUUGCAGCUUAAUGGGUUAAUUAAAAGGACUAGUGCUGUCAUAAACGAUUGUCAUUCUGACAUAUUUACUUGAAUAAAUAGGCAAUCUUUUUAUCUGCAACUGUUUGUCCCAGGGGCGGAUUUAGCCUCAUCUGCAAGGAGGGGUUCAGGUUUUUUAUGGAGUGGUGCAUCAAGGAGCCCAAUACUACCCACACCUCUGCAGUCUGCAAUGCUACUAUCCCAACAUUACCAUAUUUAACCAUGAUAUUUAACAAAAGCAUUCUGACUAUCUUCUCAUGAGUGGACAAAUCAAUUACCCCUUUAAGUGGCAAUGUGCCCUACUUUUGCAUUUUGCUCUGUUUAAGUUUAACGCCAGACGAUUUUACUCAUCAGGGGAGAGUGCUGCCACUCAGUGAGUUAACUGGUUUCAAGAAAUUGCUAAGGUGGGGUGUGCACCCCCUGUACCUCCAAGGACAGGUACUGUAGAUCUGCCCCUGGUUUGUCCUUGGUUACAAAUUACAGUAUAGUACAAUAAAACAUUUUGUUUAUUCUGUAGAAAACUCUAGCAAGAGGGUUUGUGUGGAAAACUGCAAUGAUGAAAAAAGUUCUGAACUCUCCAAAGGAGCAAACCUACUGGACGAGACACAAUUUCCAAAGGAUGAAAUGCUUGACAAAUUAUCCCAAGAGUGUUGCAGCUUUUACAAAAAACUGGCAAGACAACUGCAAGUUAAACAUGAAAAAAUUGAGGAAAUUAGCAGAGACCACAUAAACUAUGGCAGCUUAGCUGAAAAAUCUUAUCAAGUGUUACGUGAAUGGAAGGAGUCCAAUGCAAAACCAUUUACAAAUCAAGUCUUGGAGAAUGCUCUCAGAAACUUGGGUAAAAACGCAAUAGCCAACAAAUAUUUUGGAGAGAAGUAAUAUACCAGCUCCUUUAGCAAGAAUUCACUCUAAUGUGCCCUAAUUUGUUAUUUUACCCUGUUUUGAACCGGACAAUUUUGCUUGUCAGGGGAAAAUGUUGAGUCAGUACAUUAUAACUUGGGGAUACAGUAAAUGGACCUUUGUGGAUAAAAAAUAUCAAGAUUUUGUUGGCAACUAGCUCGAUUGAGAUUGCAGGGCUGCAGGUUCAAUUCCUGCCAGGGACCUAUAUAUUGCAUUUUCAUAGAUGUUCCUGGUCAACCUGGUUAGGUCUAAUAAAUAUACAUAAAUUUCCACUCAGUAAUUUCCAUCUACAAAACCCUUCAACUAUUCUGCUUUGUACCUUGUUGCCCUGCCUAAUGUAUCAACAAACAUAAUAUGCAUUUUAUGAUUUUUAGAGACUUCAUAUUUUAAGUUAUUUGAUUUUAGAGACUUCAUAUUUUACUUAUUUAAAUAUUGCAUUUAUCAACCUAUAUAUAUACCAUUAUACUGUAUACAGCGUUACUGGUAAAUUACUACAUUUCAAUUUUAUAACCAACUCAACUUUAGAAUAUGCAGUGGUUAUUCGUCCAACACCGGAUCCCAAUGUUUAGAUGCUAUUUGUCUGACAAAAGUGUUUUCCUCGUUCGUUAAACAUGCUAAAAUGACACCGAAUAAAUUUCAGUUGUUUUCAAGCAAUUCCUUGGGGUGGAUAAGGCACUUGCCUUGCAUGCACUAUCACCUGGAUCGAACAUGGGAGUGGAAGUUCAAGUGUAUGACUGUAUGUGUAAGAGUUCUUCCAGAAUGGUUAGGAUGUGGGACAGGUUGAGGAAAAAUUUGUUGUCCAUAAAAACAUGGAUGUUGUACACGGCUAAAAACGCACAGGUUGUUCCAAGUUGAUAUCGACAGGUGUGAACAAUGUUGUGUGGCCAACUAUGAACAAGUUGUCAACCAUGUUGUUCCAAGUUGUUAGUGGGCCGCACAACCUUUUUCACGCCUGUUGAUAUCAACCUGGAACAAGUUAUUUAUUUUAUUUAUUAAACUUUGCCAAAAACACUUAACAGAACAGCAAAUAGACAUCUAGACAAUAAACAUGGACAAAAAUGGCAGGGACACCACAACAGUGUAAACCAAUUACUAGUUGUUGAUUUUCUCAAUUUUUACCUGUGUAUGUAGGCUGUGUACACAUGCAUAACACUAUGUCAGAUCUAUAGCCAUUGAACUUAAGUUCCGGUGUUGUAUGAAUAACCAUAGCGUUUAAAAAUAUUGUUUUACAAUAUUGUAUGUCAUUUGUAGAAUUAAUUCUAAUUCAUGUGUCUCUUUAA